CAACGUGUGCAAUCCGCACUCCGACCUGCGAAAAGCAGCAAUAUGCAACACAGCGUCUAGUCUGCCGGAAAUACAAACGAAGAAGAAAAUAUUACGCGUUUGUUUACUACAACCAGCCUGUUCGGUUUUUCUCCUUCAGACCAGUCCAAGAAAUUACUUUUGUGCUAUUUGUUAAAAUGGGAUGUGAUGGUGGAACUAUUCCUAAAAGGCAUGAGUUGGUAAAAGGCCCAAAGAAAGUUGAGAAGGUUGACAAAAAUGCAGAGCUUGCUGCCCGGUGGAAGUACUGUGCUCUCAGUACAGAGAAACUCCGGCGCCCUAUUGUUGCUUGUGAUCUGGGAAGACUCUAUAACAAAGAUGCUGUGAUUGAGUACCUUCUGGAUAAAUCUGCAGAUAGACCCAACAGCGAGGUUGCAUCACACCUUCGUGGCAUUAAGGAUAUAAAGGAGCUGAACCUGACUGACAACCCAGCCUGGGAGGGCGAGAGAAGGAACACCAAAGGGGACCGCUAUGAGGACAUGCACUGUGCCAUGUUCAUCUGUCCUGUGGUGGGCCUGGAGAUGAAUGGCAAACAUAGGUUCUGUUUCCUGCAGACCUGUGGCUGUGUGUUUUCAGACCGGGCCCUGAAAGAAGUCAAGACUGAGAUCUGCCACAAGUGUGGCGACCCGUUCAAAGACGAAAACCUUGUCGUCCUCAACGGGACCAAGGAAGAGGUGGAAAAACUGAGGGAGAAAAUGGAGGAGAAGAGGGCCAAGGCCAAGGCAUCAAAGAAACCAAAGAAGAACAAAGUUGCAGAGACUGUUGCCAAGCCAUCUGACUCAAAAGAAAAUCCAGAGUCCACUGAAACUGUUUCUUCAGAGGGCCAAACUUCAACACAAAAUGGUGGAGACAACAGCCAGCCAGUCCUUGAACCCCCUGCUUCUUCCAGCACCAAGGUGGUUACACCCUCGGCGGCAACCGGAAGCAAGAGGUCCAUCCAGACCAUGGAAGAGAAGUCGGAGACCUACAAAUCUCUCUUCACCAGCCACAGUUCAGCCAAACGCACCAAAGACCAGACGUCCAACUGGGUCACCCACACCCCCUACCAUUUCUAAAUUACUUCACCUCCCCUAGAUCACCACCAAGUGGUCAUGGCAGGCAACACACAACCAGAUUGUGUAUUUGAAGGGUAUCUAUAAAAGGUUAUUAAUAACACAUUCAUAACCCAUACUUAACACAUUCAUAAGAAGUACGUGAGCAUUUCAUAAAUGCUUAUGUCAACAACCGCAAGUUGAUAAUUCACAUUUCUGCAUUUCUGUGACGAAGGCAAUAUCAACUUGCUACUGCUUAUGAAUGUGUAAUAUGAGGGUUAUGAAGCUUAUGUCGGCAUCCUUCAAGUAAAGUCUUCAGGAAGUUGACAUUUUUCUUAUAGGUAUUCUUGGCUCAGGCUAAUGAAUCAAUAGCCUAUAGGAAGCACUAUUAAUGCUCCUUUUUCUAGGAAUGGCUGUAUUAUAUGUAGGUCUUAUCUAGGUAUGGAUAGAUGUAGAUUUGGCAAGUCAUUAUGGUUUGCUAUGCAAUAUGACAUAUAAAUGUUUUGAAAUUAUAUCACAAGGGCCUAGUUUAUUUUUGUUGUAUAGGAAGUGGAAUAGUGAGUGUUUUUGUAGUGUUCAUUCAAAACAUGCUUUCAAUAAGCUCAUUACUUAUGUCUAUACUUAAUUUGAAUGUUUCCUCCAAAUAGCUUGUCACCCACCACCCAUCAAAAUAUAAUGGGAGAAAAAUAAGGUUUUAUUCACAUGUGCAUAUUUCAUUUUUAUUUAAAUAUUUACCUUUUGAUAUGCUUUUUCCCGCUUUGUUUGGGUUGAGGGUUGAACAAACAUAUGUCAAAAUAAAGACUGUCCUUUUACUUACAAAAUGCAUUUUUUUAUAUGGAACAACAUAUUAUAGUAGUGUGUACAAAUAAAGGUGCAUUAGGUCGACUCAA